GCGCCGUACAGUGUAUUUGGUAUCUUGUUUACUAGUGUAUUUUUAAUUGGGUUUCAUUGGUAAACCUCUUCAGUAGCAAGCGCCGAGCAUCCUUAAAUACUACUCCUCCGAAGAAACUAUAAUUAGUUUUCAAAAAUUUCAAACAAAAUGAAGCGUUUUUGUGCGGUUUUACUUGUUUUGGUAGCAGCUGGUUUGGCAGCAGCACGCCCAGAACCACCUCGCGACAGCUACAGCGCCCCACCACCCAGCAGCUAUCAACCAUCGGCGCCCAGCGGCGGCUAUGGACCACCACCGGUGUAUGGACCACCGCAACAGCCGCCUGUGGUGCAUAAGCACGUCUAUGUGCAUGUGCCACCACCAGAGCCAGAGUACCAGCCACCAAGAAAACCCAUUGUCUUCCCACCACCACAGAAGCACUACAAAAUCGUGUUCAUUAAGGCGCCAUCACCACCAGUUCCAACAGCGCCAGUAAUUCCAAUCUUGCCACAAAACGAAGAGAAGACGCUGGUCUAUGUGUUAGUGAAGAAACCCGAAGAACAGCCAGAUAUUGUUAUACCCACCCCAGCGCCCACACAGCCCAGCAAACCAGAAGUCUACUUCAUUCGCUACAAGACACAAAAGGAAGAGACCGGCCCAUAUCCCAACAGCAUUGCGCCGCCGCCAUCGGGCGAUUAUGGUGCACCAGCACCACCGUCGGCACCUUCAGCGCCCAGCUCAUCGUAUGGUGCACCAUCGCACUAAGUACGUGGGCAGGGGAGAAAGGAAGCGAAAUGUAAUGUAACAAAACGAUCCAAAGCAUUUGUUGUUGAUUUUAGACGAAAAGCAGUGAAGGAGAAUGAUGGUGAAAGCGUAGUAAAUAAUAAAUAAAAAGCAAUGGGGGAUGAUAUUGGAGAAAAUUAAGCGUACAAUAGGUACCCCAGGAGUAAAAUAUAGAGGAUUAUCCAUUGAGUAGCGUGUGUUGGAUGUUGAGAAAAUAUUUUCGAAGACGAAAAAGUAACUUUGCACAAUUUGUAGCUUACUUUUGCGCGCCUAAACUACCUAACAACGAAGUCUGUUUUAUAAUACAAAGCGUGCAUGUUUUUCGAAAAUGCCUUUGUUGUUGUUCCGAGUACUCGUACUUUUACUAACAUACGCUACGCCAAAUACAUAUGCAUAUGCAUGUAUAUGUGUGUGUGUAUGUUUAUGCAAGUGCGUUUUUAUUAUUAAUUAAUUAAUUAACUUCUACUAAGCAAAUUUGAAAGCGAAAAAAAAAACAUUUUUUUUAACGUGUGACAACCACCAACACCUCGAAAUGCCAGUUGUGCUGGACCGUUUUUGUAGUUUUUCAUAACGAUUUUGAACGAUUUUAAAGUAUCGAAAAAAGCACAGCAGUUUUCGACACUUCAAAUUGUAACUUUUUUUUGGUUUUUUCUUUUUGUUAGCAUACGAGUGUAUUGUUGUAAAAUAGUGAAUUUUUGUUGUUUCUCAUAUGCUUAGCGUUGGCAAUUUGCAUAGCGGGCGCUCUUUACAAGUCGCCCUACUCUCUUCUCAUCUCACCUCUAGCGGCUCCUUGCUCGCGCGUGCCUUUAGCCUACGCCAUUCGGCUGUUUGUUUCAUAAUUAUGACGUUUUUAGUUUUUAAUUGUGUGCGUUAUACAUUAACAAAAAAAAUGUUUAAAUAUAUAAUAAUCAAUCUCUUUGUUCUCUUAGUCUUAAAUACAGCCACAUACUCACACAUAUUUGUUAAUUUUUUUUACACAUGAACUGUUUAUUUUUUUGUAUUAGACUUCAAUCAAACUCUCUCCGAUUUUGUUCUUGUAUAUGUAAUAUUCUUACGAAAAUAUAUGUAAACAAGCAUCUAUAUGUACUUAUGUAAGUGUGUAAGUCGAUAAUUAACAUAUUACGAAAGUGUAAAGGAAAUGUAAUGAUGAUGGAUUUAAUAAAGAUCUUUUUUAUACAUAACAGUAA